AACUGUCUAUGACUAAUACAGGGCUGGUGACUCACGAGCAUGCGCGUUAGCGCCAGGACAACCAACCCUAAAGACAGACGACAUGUUUGCCAGACAGAAAAGGCUGAAUGCUUCUCUUCAGACGAGACAUAAGAGAAAGAAAAUGGCGAAAGAUCCAAUCUACGGAAAAAGACACAGACUGGAUGACGGUCCAGUGAAAGACAGCCGCUCGGAGGGUCCGAAGUUUGUUCUACUAAAUUUCCCGUCGUGCAACGGGAAAAAAGGUGCUGAUUACCUGACAUGGGUGUCAGACUUUGUGACCAAGAAUCGAAACGAGACCGUAAAUUUAACGAAUCCAGCUGGCGCCACAUGGAAGAUAGGAAACCUGGAUGACACCAUUUACUCAGGGGCAGAUGACGAGGUGAACGGGUGGAAUAAUUUCUACCUUCCUGAGCCAGUAAACAUGCAGGUUAUAGGUGUAGUGGAGGGAACCUCAUGCCCGUGUGAGCAGCUGGUUUUGAUGACCUGUGAGGACAGACAUGUGUAUGCCUACGAUGGAGAAGGGGAGGAGCUGCAUGUGGUGGCUUCAAGUCUGAAUCAGCUACAUCACGCGGGAAUGGAGUAUCCAGCAUCCAAGACCUAUUACGAUGGGGAGGCCUUCAAAGAUAUGACCGAGGAGGACUGGGCAGAGGUGAGGAAGGGCCCUGUGGGGAAGAAGCUGGACCAUGAGCAUCAUGAGCUGGUGAUGUCAAACAAGAGCAGUUUCCUGGACAAUCUCAAUUUCACCACAAACAAAAUCUUUGAGUUCCAGGUAUCUUAGUUCACUUUGUGCACAAAAGG